AAAGCAGCUGGCUGGGCCUGUGAUUGCCAUGGGAACAGAGGAUACAACUGCCAAUGUCUGAUGAAUGCUGCCAUUGCCUAGGAGAUGCCCUCCAUCGAAGCUGUGGCGCUGCUCACUUCAUGGGACAUUGUGCUAAAACUUCCAGUCAGGAGCUUCACUUUCCACCAGUGAAAGAAACGCUUGGCUGGCAGCUUUCUGAGAUGGGCUGGUGGCGAGAUUAGUAGUGAGACCGCAAAAUCGACGUGGCCAACAAAUCAGCCCCCUAUUUCAAGGAAUUACAUCCCAAACUACAGCAAAGCAGGAAAUCAAAGGGUAACGGUCACCUGAUCAUGAACCCUGAAAUCAACUAUGGUGUAAUAAUCAACAAAGAGAGAUGCCAAGGGUCAGUAUCUGUUUGACCUUCUCUGCCACCACCUAAACUUAUUGGAGAAAGACUACUUUGGAAUUCGGUUUGUGGACCCGGACAAGCAAAGGCAUUGGUUGGAGUUUACAAAGUCUGUUGUGAAGCAGUUGAGAGCCCAGCCUCCAUUCACCAUGUGUUUCCGUGUGAAGUUCUAUCCCACCGACCCUGCUGCUCUGAAAGAGGAAAUAACCAGGUAUUUAGUCUUCCUGCAGAUCAAAAGAGAUCUCUACCAUGGCCGCCUCCUCUGCAAGACAUCGGAUGCUGCAUUGUUAGCCGCCUAUAUCCUUCAAGCCGAGAUUGGGGACUACGACCCCGGGAAGCACCCAGAAGGCUACAGCUCCAAGUUCCAAUUUUUCCCCAAACAUUCAGAAAAGCUGGAAAGGAAAAUUGCAGAGAUUCACAAAACAGAACUCAGUGGUCAGACACCAGCUACUUCAGAGUUAAAUUUUUUAAGAAAAGCCCAGACCCUGGAGACAUACGGGGUUGACCCACACCCGUGCAAGGAGUCAGGAUUCACGGGAGUGGAAUAUAAAAGAGCCCUGACUGUGAAGAUAAUCUCUCUUCUGCAAAAUCAUCAUCAUCAUCAUCAUCAAAAUCUCUUUGUGACCCAGCUCCAGUCCCAGAGACCCACAAAUCCCGUCUCAGAUGUGUCAGGAAAUGCGGCAUUUUUGGCCUUCACUCCCUUUGGUUUUGUUGUUCUGCAGGGAAACAAGAGAAUUCACUUCAUCAAAUGGAACGAGGUAGCCAAAAUGAAAUUCGAAGGAAAGACAUUCUGUUUAUAUGUAAGUCAGAAAGAGGAAAAGAAAAUUGCUCUUACUUAUUUUGCUCCAACACCAGAAGCGUGCAAGCACCUCUGGAAAUGUGGGAUAGAGAACCAAGCUUUUUACAAGUUGGAGAAGUCGAGCCAGGUCCGCACAGUAUCCAGCAGCAACUUGUUCUUUAAAGGAAGCCGGUUCCGAUACAGUGGCCGAGUUGCAAAAGAAGUGAUGGAAUCUAGUGCCAAGAUCAAGAGGGAGCCCCCAGAAAUUCACAGAGCAGGAUUGGUUCCUAGCCGCAGCUGCCCUUCCAUCACUCACGGGCCAAGGCUCAGCAGUGUCCCCAGGACUCGAAGGAGAGCUGUUCACAUAUCCAUCAUGGAAGGCCUGGAGUCUCUGAGGGACAGCGCUCACUCGACCCCUGUGCGUUCAACCUCUCACAGCGACACUUUCAUGUCCCAUGUGCGGAGUAGCAGAGCUGAGAGCAGCGAGAGAGUGGCAGUCAUCUCCGAUGAGAUGUACAGCCCUGCCGAUAGCGUGCUUCCCACGCCGGUGGCAGAACACAGCCUGGAGCUGAUGCUGCUCUCCAGGCAGAUCAACGGCGCCCCCUGCAGCAUUGAAGAAGAAAAGGAGUCUGAAGCCAACACACCUACUGCAACUGAGGCUGAUGAGAUGGGAGGCGAGUUCAAAGCCUUGUGUCAGGGUGUUGGUGGCAAUGGCGGGACACAAGCUGCACAGGUGAAUAAGUUUGUUUUAAGUGUCCUCCGUUUGCUCCUUGUGACAGUUGGACUCCUCUUUGUUUUGCUCCUUCUCCUGAUCAUCCUUACCGAGUCUGACCUUGACACUGCCUUUUUCCGUGAUAUCCGCCAGACCCCCGAGUUUGAACAAUUCCAUUAUCAAUACUUUUGUCCCCUCAGGCGAUGGUUUGCCUGCAAAGUCCGCUCCGUGCUGAGCCUGCUCAUUGACACCUGAAGGCAUGACUCUUCCUAAUAACUAGC